ACCACAAACUGAAUGAGUCGCGAACCUUCGCACCGCCGCGUGCGCUUUUUGCCUUAAGCCUCCUAACAGCGCGCGCGCACGAUUCGGACCUUUUUAACUACACAUUUCUAAAAAUAAUUCCUACAAAUUUGGUAAAUAUAUUUUGUAAUAGUAUUUAAACAAACUCUUCGAACCAAUUUCACUAUUUCAAACAAAGAAGUGUUUCCAUUGUUAAGUGCGCCUGGAUUAAAAGAUUGAUUACAUUACAAUUUAGAAAGUAAAUUAGUAAAGAGGCAAAAGAAUGGCUGCCUUUAAGAUCCUAUUGGUCCUGUCCCUCGCUGUAAUCUACUCCAAUGGCCAAGCUGCUGAAAAGGACAAUCUACUCACUGCACCGGAGUACAUCAUACCAUGCAGCCGCUCCGAUCCAGAUCUGGACAACUGCAUCAAGAGUUCCUUCAACCACCUGCGACCUUAUCUAGCCAGAGGUUUGCCCGACCUUGACAUUCCUCCAGUGGAGCCCCUUUACGUGGACAAACUUUUGAUGGAGAAUAAUGCUGGACCAGUGAGGGUUACAGCUGCCUUCACUAACAUCACUGUUCUUGGACCCAGCAAUUAUACUGUUAAUAAAGUUCGGUCUGACUUGCAAAAACUGCGCAUGGACAUUGCGUUUUCGCUUCCGCGCAUCGAAUUAAGUGGCCUCUAUGAGGUGUCUGGACAAGUGCUGCUGUUCCCUGUACGCUCACGGGGUGAUUUCUGGGCCGUUUUCGGGGAUGUGGUGGCAAUCGCGAAAAUAUACGGAAAGGAGUUCGAGCGUGAUGGUGUGAGGUACAUGUCUGUGGACAGGCUGUUGGCCGACUUUAAGCUCAAGACCUCAAGGUUCAAAGUUCGGGAUACUGUCAAUCACGGCAGUGUUAUUGGAGAGGCAAUGAACCAGUUCCUGAACAACAACGCAGCUGAGAUCAUCGAAGAGAUGAAACCAGCGGCUUCCAUCGCCAUCAGCAAGUUCUUCAAGACCUUCCUUAAUUCCGCCUUUAGCAAGAUCCCCAUCAAUGUCUGGCUCACGGCUUAGGUUUUCUGUGAUGAUAGCCCUAAGAUAAUAAUUCAGGAUAUGUUCCAAAACAGUUCCUUUCUGUUUUCCAGUGACUUAAUGUAAAUCUUGAAAAUCACAAUUUUUACAGUUCUGUCCCAAAUAUUCAACCAAUUUCAAUCAUAUUUCAACCAAUUAAAAUAAUUGGUUUCAGUUACAUUGUGGUUGAAAUUGUAUUUAUUUGAAUAAAGAACAGUUGUUACGAUUGUUUAUUACACUCCAUUGUCACUACGUAGAGACAAAUCUCCAAUAAGUGGUUAGUAUUUAUAAACAAAAUUGAUUAUUUUUAUAAUUUGAGUUAUAUGCCAAUAUGUUAUAAGGUGUGAAA